CUGACUACUGCCAGUCUUCGCUUGGUGCGCGUUCCGUCAACACGUGUCCCGUCUUCCCUUACUCCGACUUUCUCGAUCGUAAUAAAUUGAAAUUAAUUAAUACACUCGUGUGUUCUGUGCAUCGAACUGGAUUUUUAUGUUCCGUGUGAAUGUUGAACUGUGGCUUUGGCUCGUUUCAACGCUGAAGGACUGUUUUUGAAUAUUAAUGGUUUAGUGGACUUAAGGAUGCUGCUAGACUGACGAUUACUUCUCAUGUUUCGGAUUAAGUCAGCGUUAUAACAUCAAACUCCCCGCCUUCACUUAGAUCACGAGUGGCGUAUACAUGAGAUGUUAUGGGCUCCCGCGUAGUGAAGUGGCGCUGUUGGAUGGUGCUGUUUGCAUGGACAUGGAGUGCUGCAGCAGCGAAAACGCUAUGUCCGGUGCGGUGCAUGUGCGACGACGCCUUAAGAGCCGCCUCCUGCGCCAACGCAAACCUAGAAAUAGUUCCCAUACAACUCAAUCCAGAGGCAACUCUUAUGAACCUUACGCACAAUGCUAUCGACAAUCUACUCUACGCAUUCAACCUCUAUACCCAGCUCACUGUUCUAGAUAUUUCUUACAACAAGAUAUUAGAUUUAGGUAGUGAAAACUUCGAAAGCAACAGUGAAAUGAGACAUUUGAAUUUAAGUAAUAAUUUCUUAAAGCGUCUUGAUAAAGACGCCUUCGUCGGAUUGAAUAGUUUGGUUGAUUUGAAUCUAUCAAACAAUGAAAUAUCGAACAUACACGUGCAGACAUUUAGAGAUUUAUCUGCUUUAGAAAGACUUGACUUCUCAAACAAUAGACUGGUUACUUUCGAACCGGAAACAUUUGAGCCCUUGUCGUCAUUGAAGAUUUUAUCACUCAGAAACAAUUCCAUAUUAGAUAUACCAUCUGCCAAUCUUGGAUUCGUCAUUCACCUUGAAUAUUUAGAUCUGUCAGAGAAUUUGAUACAGCAAGUCUCCAGACACGGCUUACCGUUCUUAAAAGAAUUGAAACAUUUGGACUUGAAUAAUAAUAUAAUUGAAAGCGUAGAUCAAUUAGGUUUUCAUAGUUUGCCUUCAUUACGUCAUUUGGACCUCAGUGAUAAUAAUAUGACUUUAAUUCCAACGUCCGCUCUUUCAAAACUAUCUAACUUGUCCCAUUUGUACUUAAGUGGAAACUUUUUUCAAAACGUUUCAUCGCUUUCUUUCCAAAGUCUUUUCCUCCUGAAACACUUACACUUGAGCAGACUUUACGUACUCGAAAGAAUCGAUUCGAGAGCUUUCGUUGAUAAUAUAAAUCUGCAAAAAAUAUGGAUGAAUGAUAAUGUCAAAGUGAGGGAAGUUCCGCCGAGAUUGUUUCACGGAAAUCCGAAAUUGACAAAUAUUUAUAUGAAAAACAAUGCCUUAGAGACACUGGAAGCAUCUCAUUUUCCGAUAGACAGAUUACAAGAGCUAGAGAUUUCUGGAAAUCCAUUCGCGUGUAAUUGUUCCCUGCUGUGGCUGUGGAAGCUGGGUAAAGAUAGUGAGACCACUACUAAGAAAUCAGGGAACUCUAGUGAGUUUCUCAAAAUAGACUACGAAGACGUAAAGUGUUCAGGUCCGUUGCAAUUAAAAGGCAUGUUGUUCGUUCAGAUUCCUGAAUCUGAAUUUGGGUGCUCAAGCGGGUGGGUGAUAGAUGCUGUUGUGGUGCUAACCGUUAGUAUCAUUAUAAGCGUUGUGUGUGCCGUUUUGUAUUUUAUGGGACCGCUAAAGAAAUGCAAAGGAGAUAAAUCGAAACAGAUAAUGACUAGUGUAAUGAUGAACGGUGACGUUUCCAAAUUGGGAAACGGCCUGGGAUAUUCGAGUCGCGGUCGGGAGCAAGAUAACAAGCGUGACGUGGAUCGGUAUCUAAUGAUCGGCUCUUCGGUAACUAAUAACUUUCACUCAUUAAAUCCCCCGUGGAAUAGUGUCGAUAAGAACCCUUAUUACCAAGAAGAGAGCGAGGAGCAUAUUUACCAACAAUUUGCCUAUGAAACUAUCCCUCCUCACAGAACCCCGGAGAAACCACACAUAGUGUAUGUUUAACAGACAUUUUAAAUUUUUUUUUAUUGCCUUUGGAGGCAGACGGGCAUACGGCCCUGAUGGUGAGUGGUUACCGUCGCCCAUGGACUUCAGCAAUGCCAGGGGCAGAGCCAAGCCGCUGCCUACAAUUACAAUGAAAGACAAUUUUGCAGACUGCUAUUUCGAAAAGUUAUACGACAAAUAAGUGUCAUUGUAAGAAAGACAGACACUGAUUCGCAAUAAUGUAAAUAGUGAUAAUAAUAAUGUAAUAUGUGAUAGCUUUGUAUAUAAACGUGUAAAUAUAUACUAUGACGUAUAGGAACGUACCUAUUAUAGUAACGGUUUUCUACCAAAUUAAUUUUUUCAUGAUUAAAAUCAAACAUAUCGACGCUUGAAAGGCAAACGUGACUAAGCGACAAUGCGUAAACUUUACAGUAGACUAAUUUAAAGUCGCAAUACCUGAAAAAAAAAUUAUUUUAACGAAUCUAGCUGUAGUAGAAUCUAGCUAGUAGCUGUAGGAUUGAAAUGAUUUUAAUAGACCUAGAAAUAUAUAUUUUUGCGCAUCGAAUAUGGUUAUUGCCUGUCAUUUAUGUACAAAGCAGUUAUUGUCGCUUAGUAACGUUUGCCUUUCAAGCGUCGAUAUAUAUUAUCAUGUUUUCACUAAAUAGUGAAUGUAAUGUAUAUUUGAAAUAUUUCGUUUCAUAGUUACUCGGAUGUGGGUACUGUUAUAUUUAAGUGCUUUGUAAAUUUAAUUAAGGAAUUCUAUAUUAUAAUUGUAAAUCGUAUGUACUUGUAUAUUACAUUUAUAUAUUUUCAGAAUUAAAACACCAAUACUUGAAAACUUUGUACAAACAUAAGCAAUAUAGAAUUAACUUAAAUUAAUAAAUCGUUGAUUUUAUUCAGGGACUUGUUAUAGUAUACUUAUUAGUUUAGGAAGAGUUUUUCAGUAAUGCUUAGAACAUUGUAACGUUUGUUAAAAUAAAAUAUGAUUAAUACAAUAGAAAUGAUUAUGCUAAUUGAUUUUAACCCGCACAUGUUAAUCUUUGGCAAUUUUUUGUUUCUUUCUUUUUUCUGUUUACAAUUUUUUCCUUUAGAUGUUUUUAGUGAUGGAAUAUGGAAUAGCAGAGUUUGUAAAGGAUUUAAAUUUCGUAUCUGUGAUUCGAAUUUAGAACAACACUUUUUUCAGAAUGACAUAGUGUCAGUUUGACGUGUGCUGGUUAGAUUUGAUGUUUUGAAUACACAAAAAUCCAGCUGCUCUGAUGGAAUCUGGUACAAAAUAUAUAUUUUUAUUCGCGUUGUUCCGUUUCUUGUCUUCGAUGAGAUUAAUUAAUUACUAUUACACGAUUACGUUAAUUAGAUGUUCUGAAAUUAAUAUUUUUGUACUUAGUGAUAUGCAAAGGUCGAUGCUCUUAUAGAGUAAAUAAUGGUUCAGUUUUAGUUGGACAAUUUUCACGUUGUGUUUUGAUUUUUAAAUCAUAGUGAACACAGAAUAAGGUUUAAAAUUAAGUUGAGGUCACCAUUAUGAAAAUGUAAGAGAAAUUAUUUUAUCAUUAAUUUUUUGUUUACUAUUUUAGCUCUUUUAUUUGUCGACCGUAUUAAUUAAUAUAUGUAGCUAUGAAUUAAAUUAAUGAUAAUUUUAUAAAAUGCAUUUAAUCCUACGAAUUUCUAGUUAUAUUUGAAUAACCGAAAAAGCAAUACCUAUGUAUGCAAUCAAUAAUACCUACAGUUGUAUUGAUAGUGUAUGACUAUUUAUACUUAAAACUUUAAAUGACUUUUGUUAUGAUACUUAUUUAAAAACAUAAUGAAAAAAUAAAUGAAAAGCAAAUAUA